CUAGGGGCUGGAGGAGGUUACAGAGAUAGGGAGGGGUGUAGGGGCUGGAGGAGGUUACAGAGAUGAGGAGAGGUGAUUUUAACAUACUCCCAGUCAGUUUAUCACACUUCUUCAUUGCUUCUCGGCUUCCAAGGGUGAAGUGUAGAGGCCAUAUUUGUCCAAUAAACAGUCCCUUCCCUCCUGGCUGUGAAGUUUGUGUGGGAUUCUGGGUUGCUGUGUUUAUCACUGUUUGCCAGAGUAAACACUGUAGCUGACGCGAGAGUAGCGCAGCCUGGCUGGUUAAAGGUUAAAGAUUAACCUUGUUGUGUGCAGAGUGCAGGCAGGGAGAUGCUGCCUCUGAGCUCGCUCAGUGAGCAUGGUGCGGGAACACGGCGAUUACUAUGGCCGGCACGGAGAGCCUCGGAGAUUUGAUCCAACGUUCAAGGGACCAAUUCACAGCAGGCAUUGUACUGACAUCCUAUGCUGUGUGCUGUUUAUUGCUGUGAUUCUCGGUUACAUUGCUCUGGGAGUUGUCGCUUGGGUCCAUGGAGAUCCGAGGAAAGUGGUGUAUCCGACAGAUAGCCGUGGCCAAUUCUGUGGACAGAAGGGGACUGUCAAUGAGAACAAGACCAUUUUAUUCUACUUCAACAUCCUGAAGUGUGCAAGCCCUGCGGUUCUCAUCAACCUGCAAUGCCCAACAAAACAGCUUUGCGUUGAGAAGUGUCCGAGUCAGUUUUCCCGAUAUAUCGAUGUGAAAUAUAAUUAUAGAUGGAACAAAACCGCCUGGGAAUAUUACCGUCAGUUUUGUCAACCUGGCUACAACACCCCUCGAAAGUCUGCUGCCCAGGUGACUCGAGAUGAAGACUGCCCAUCAAUGAUUGUUCCCAGCCGACCCUUUCUGCGACGUUGCUUUCCUGACUUUACCACCAAAAAUGGAAUUCUGACGGUGGCCAACAAGACCACGUUCAAAGACGGCCAGGGUAGAACCCGCAACGUGACAGAUCUGCGAGACGCAGCAAACAAGGUGACCACCAUCCGCCACGGAUCCAAGAGAGGAAUAAGUCAUGUCCUUGAUGCCAGGGAGAUUUGGAUGAAGAUAUUUGAAGAUUACACCAACUCUUGGUACUGGAUCUUAAUUGGACUGGUCAUUGCUAUGGUCGUCAGCCUCAUCUUCAUCCUCUUGCUCCGUUUCACAGCUGGGGUCUUAUUCUGGUUUGUCAUUUUCGCUGUGAUCGCGGUGAUUGGUUAUGGGAUCUGGCACUGUUACUGGGAGUACAGCAGUCUGAAGGGUAAACCUGGCAGUGACAUCUCAAUCUCCGACAUUGGUUUCCAAAUGGACUUCAGGGUGUAUCUGCAGCUCAGGCAGACAUGGCUCGCCUUUAUGAUCUUUCUCUGCAUUAUUGAAGUGAUCAUCAUUCUGAUGUUGAUUUUCCUACGGAAAAGAAUCUGUAUUGCAAUUGCACUGCUCAGGGAAGGGAGCAAGGCCAUAGGAUACAUCAUGUCCACUUUAUUCUACCCAAUUAUCACCUUCCUGCUCCUUGCUGUCUGUAUUUCCUAUUGGGCUAUCACAGCAAUAUUCCUGUCAACGUCCGGUGAAGCUGUGUACAAAAUCAUGACCAAUCGGGGUCAUUGUAUAUAUGCAAAUAGAACGUGCAAUCCUGAGGUAUUUAACACCAGCAAUGUCACCAAGUUGUGCCCAGGUGCUCAAUGUGCCUUCGCUUUCUAUGGUGGAGAGAGUGUUUACCACAAGUACAUCUUCAUCCUUCAGAUCUGCAACCUCUUUGUCUUUUUGUGGCUGGUGAACUUUGCCAUUGCGCUGGGGCAGUGCACAUUGGCAGGUGCCUUCGCUUCCUAUUACUGGGCAUUUAAGAAACCAGCUGACAUACCAGCCUUCCCUUUGCUUGCUGCGUUCGGUCGUUCCCUGAGGUACCACACAGGCUCACUGGCAUUCGGAUCCUUGAUACUAGCCAUCAUCCAACUCAUCCGCAUUAUUCUGGAAUACCUGGAUAAUAAACUGAAAGGUGCACAGAACAAAUUUGCCAAGUUCCUGUUCUGCUGCCUGAAAUGUUGCUUUUGGUGUCUGGAAAAAUUCAUCAAAUUUCUCAACAGAAAUGCCUAUAUAAUGAUCGCCAUUUAUGGUAAAAACUUCUGCACAUCUGCAAAGGAUGCCUUCUAUUUACUGAUGAGGAAUGUGGUGAGAGUCGCUGUGUUGGAUAAAGUGACGGAUUUUCUUUUAUUACUCGGCAAGUUGCUGAUUGUUGGGGGUGUCGGAGUGCUGGCUUUUUUCUUCUUUACACAAAGGAUAUCGAUCAUCGCUGGUGAAGCACCAUCAUUAAACUAUUACUGGGUCCCUCUGGUGACGGUGAUAUUCGGAUCCUAUCUAAUUGCACAUGGGUUUUUCAGCGUCUAUGCAAUGUGUGUGGAUACAUUGUUCCUCUGUUUCUGUGAAGAUUUGGAGCGUAAUGAUGGAUCAGCUGAGAAACCUUACUUCAUGUCGCCUGAACUGCACAGGAUCCUGGGACGUCACGAGUGGAGCCCGCGCAAGUGGAAGAUUUAGAGAGGAAUGAUGGAUCAGCUGCCAGGCCGUAUUUCAUGAGUAAAACAUUGAUGAAGAUUCUGAACGUGAGGAACGUGAGGCCUGAGGAUGAGCGGCGCAAACAUUGAACUCGCCACAGGGACUCAACUUCCCAUCCGUCAGAAAUAAGGCUACACCAACAACAACAAGCAUUUAUAUAGAACCUUUAACAUAGUAAGCCCCUCAAGCAACUUCACUGGCGCAUUGUCCAACCUUUGAUAUAUCCAAGUAACUUAGAACCAAGUUCCUGUGUUUGGAAAGGUUUAAAGGAAGGUUAAAACAAAAACCUCUAAGCACCUUCAAUCUCUUCUUCUGAGGAGUCUGGUUGUAGUCAGUGAUCCUGGGUGUGAAUCAGAAGGGUUGAUCAGUUUGAGUACAGAAGGUAGUACUCCCUGAGGGGACUGGCUCCAGUCUCGAGCUUACGCCCCUAUCCCUGACAUAACCUCCAUACGUGGCAUCAGUGUUUCAUCAUAUCUACACACCGUCGUGGUGUCAGUUAAUUCACUUAAAAAUUCAAUGCUUCCUGUAUGAUUUUUACUCAUGACCUUGUUAGUGUGUGUAUGUUAACUAAUAUUUGCCUUAAAGUCUUGCGGAUAGGAUUUGAACAUAAAAACACCAACAGAAUAUAUUGCAGAGGGGAGAUUAAACUUCUCAAUAGCUUUAUCCCCACAUCACAGCCAGCCGAAGGGGGAAAGUACCCAUUGGUGGAGGAGCCUUGAUUUUGAAGUUUGUGGAAUUGGUGACAAUGUUGAAAGGAAACUGCUCACUUGUGGAAGAUCCACUCAAUUUCAAAAUAUACACUCAGUAUGAAGUAGGUAUCUGACCUCACCUCUCAGUAGCAAAGACAUAUACCACCAGCACUUCCUGAAUUGCUGACAAACCUUCCCUUUUAAAUUCUUCCCAUUUAUCCUAUGAUAAUGAUAUGGUCUCACUGUAAUGAUGUUUCUCCGUCCUUCCUAUCUACCAAUGUUCUGGGAACUUCUCAUUCCUCAGACUUGUAAAACAGCAGGUGUUAUCUCACUAUCUUUCUGAGAUUAUGGACUAAUACCCUUAGGAUGGUAUUGCAUUACCAUCUGUACAGUCACAGCAUCAUUGACAGGACCCUUCCUUCAUCAUCAAACUUCAGAGGCAGAAAUACCAGAGAAGGUGCUGGGACCAGGAAUAAAAAUACGAGGAAAUCUCUUCUUCAGCUUUCUGAGGAGAGAGCCCAGGGAUCAGGGGUUACAUAUAAAGACCAAAUGAAAUGACUCCUGCUCCAGUCAGGAACCAAUCCAGCGCUCUCUCUCUCUCUCUCUCUCUCUCUCUCUCUCUCUCUCUCUCUCUCUCAAAGGUGAUGUAGCCACCAGACAGAACCACAUCCUAGGAGUCCCCUACUCCCUGGGGAAUGAUCACAAUAUCCAGUCCAUUCCCACUCUAAUAGUGAAAACUUUAAUCCCCUGUAAUCUGCAAAACGUCAAUCUGUAAUCUGUUAAACUCAAAGAAUGUUAUCUAUAGGUCCAUUUAUUUAUUCCUUCCAUUAUUUUACAUUUUCCCAAGAAAUAUUACAUGGGCAUCUUACAAACUGGAGAUUUACAGCGAGUUCAGGCGAAACAGGAGACUUUGGAUUGAUGCAUCUCAGCAUCUGCAGUCCUCACUUGCUUCUCAAAGUUAACCUUGCUCAAUCUGUACAGAAACGUCACAGCAAACCAAACUGGCACAAUGGAGCCAACUUUCUGUGGAGUGAAACAUCAGAUUGGCCAGGUCCUGGAGCCUGUUUCACCACUCGGUCCAGCUCAGGGUAGAUCUACAUUGCAACUCCAUUGGCCCAGCCUGAUGACGUAAUCCUUCAUUCCCUUUACCCGAAACACAACUAUCCAGCUCAGUUUUGAGAUGAUAACUGGCCUCAGUUAUCUUCCAGAGGGCAGAAGUUCAAACAAGAAAAUAUUCUUUCUUGCAAUUUUAUUUUCUUCAAAAAUAUAUCAGUGGAUCCCGACUCUGUUCCUUAAAGGCCCUAGCCAUGAGAUUCCCAGGAAAAUGGCCUGCAGCCCUUUGUGGUUUCUGGUGAGAUGGUCCAUUAACGGUUGGUGUCCACGUGGUAGACAGUCUCUUAGGGUUGUGUCUCUGGGAGAGUGAGAGCUGGGGAUGAGUGCAUGACCGUGUGUUAUUGGAACAGGCCCCUCUGCCAACACCACCCCUCACUCCCCUAUUAAAUGGAAGAAAGAGGGAGUGAAACUCAAUGAUUAGGGAGACAGGGCAGAAAGGUUGUGAGUCAGGGGAGGGUGGAGGUGGUGUGUGUGGUGGGUUGGGUGAAUGGGUGUAUUCAGUGUGCAUGGGGGAAGAGGUGGGGUUUCUGAUGUUGGUCCAUUCUUGUUGUCCCUUCUCACAAGUGCUGGGCACCAUUGGUUCAGAGAGUUUAAUGCACUGUGAUCACUGGCGAUUACCUGUUCACAUGAAUCAAGGAGGCGUUUGCUUUGGGUGCACCCGAGUCGGUGGAGAAGGGAGAGAGCAAAGAGCCACCUGAUUAAUACCUAUUCCAUACAUUCAACAGGUCAGGACUAUGUCUGGAAAGGGAUCUGUCUCACUGUUCAUUCCACAGCCAUCUUUACACAAAGCACUAAUGUACUGAUAGAGCCAGUCUUCAUUACUAGGGAUUAAAUUCAGGUCUUAAUGCCUCAGUUCUCCUAACUUGCAAAUCUUACCAAUGUUUUAUAUAUACAUAGAUCAUUAACAGGUCGGUUUAUUUGUACAGUUAUUACAUACCGAACCAAUCAUUUGCAUGGAAAUUUGAAGCUUUAAAAUCUAAUUGAUGCUUCUGCUGUGCAGAAACCUGACUGAUUUUUGCCAUAAAUAUUUUGCGUGAUUAACUUUGAAUGUUUGGUAUUUGAUGCAAUGUAUUGUCCCUCAGAGCUCUGUAAUAAUAAAAUUUCCUUACCGUGCUGAGUUUUAUUCAACAGCAGUGAUUAUGAUGCAUUGAAAUAUUUACAUUUAAUAAACUUUUUUGAUAAUAA